AUGCCAGAUACUACAUCGAUACCUCUUCGUCCUGUCACCCUUCCCUUCCUUCAGCUUUAUCGAGGGACUCGGACGCCACGCUGCCGCAAGAUAACCGUCAUUCUUCCGAAAACGGGGAUAAGCUCUUUCAUCUCACAUUGUCGAGGCGAUGCUGGUCGAUUCAGGCAGCCUCUCCACGUUUUCGUCUUGUUAGCAACAUCAAAAGUUUUGAAGCUAAUGGAGAUUCCAGACACGGGGAAUCGAACCUUGAGAUGCCGCUCUGUGGACGGCAAGGUCAGCCUUUACGUCAUAUCCGUCCAGACACAGCGCACCUCUAUAUUACUCAGCAGAAGAAAUCCCUUUCUCGAAAAAUGCAACGGAAAGCAAGUUUCAAAUUCUCUUCCGGAACCUUUCAGUCUGUCUCUAUUGAUCACUGCGAUCAAUCCUCCAACUCGCUUUCUAAUGAAACCACCGAAUAGGAAGGAAUUCAAGGUAGGCCAGACAGGCUUAUCUUCAGGCAUAUCAAAACCCGCCAUCGAUGUUGUGGAGAGAUCAGGUCAAGAGAUGGCCAAACAUCGCAAAAGGGCCGCUACCAUCCAGGGCACUAGAUUAUGGCUGUAUACUAGUUCUACGAGUGGCACCUGCUUAUGUAUGGGAAGCUCGUAUUCUUAG